GAACAACCUUGAAAUCUGGAGACAGAGUUGCAAAGCAACCCGCGGGGAUUUGGCAGGCAGGCAGGCCGACAGAACCCGUUCUGGCACGGAGCAGCUGGGUCCCAAGGGAACCGCCGGUUGGCAAGGAAGUGGAGGUGGAGGAGGGCACGUGGGAGCCAGCCGGACUUGGCCCAGGAGCCUUUUGACUGCUCCGUGAAUCUUGACGGGGCUCUGGGGCCCCCCCCAUCCGCAGCACCUGGGACUCCUCUGAGGCUCCUGACCGCCAUUCUGCACCAAGGAUGUUCAGCCCGAAGAAGCCCUACGACAGCCCCCCUGCCGGCUACGGCCCCCCUGGGGAGGACUACGGGUACCCCAUCCAGUCGCCCCCCCCGGGCUCCUACUACGUGGAGGACCAGCCUCAGCACUUCUACAAGUGGACCUCCCCCCCCAGGGUGGUGCGGAUCCUGGAGGGGCUGGGCAUCCUCCUUUGCGUGGCCAUCUUCGCCUGCGUGGCCUCCACCCUCAUGUGGGACUACGGCUAUGGGGGGAUCUACGGCGGCACCAUGGGAGGCUACGGCGGGGGCUACGGCGGGGGCCUGGGGGGCGGCUACUACGGCGGAGGCCUGGGUGGUGGCUACUAUGGCGGCUACGGCAUGGGGGGCUACUACGGGGGCAUGACCAACCCCCGCGCGGCCAACGGCUUCAUGAUCUCCAUGUCGGUGCUGUGCUUCAUCGCCCUGCUGGCCCUGGCCAUCACCAGCCUCACCAAGUCCGGCGGGGCCCGGUCCAGGCGCUUCUACCUGGUGGUCCUGGUGGUCUGCCCCCUGAUGGCCUUCCUCAUGCUGAUCGCCUCCAUCGUCUACAUCAUGGGGGUCAACCCCCAGGCCCAGAUGUCCGGCAGCUACAACCCCAUGCUGGCCAUGUGCAACCAGAUCUACGCCGGGGGAGCCUACUACAACCAGUAUCUCUACCACUACUGCAUCGUGGACCCCCAGGAGGCCGUCGCCAUCGUCUGCGGAUUCCUCCUGGUGAUCCUGCUUUGCGUCAUCUGCUUUUUCGCCCACAAGACCCGCCAGAAGAUCUGGCAGUUUGGGAAGCAUAAUAUUUACUGGGACCGCCCGCCGGCGAUGGAGGAGGGUCCCAACGUGGAGGAAUGGGUGAAGAACGUGGAUGGCCGGGCCAGCCCCACCGACACGGCCACCCUGGCCUACUCGGAGAAGCCCACCGGCCCCAUCAACGCUCCCGCCAGCCCCCCCAACUACACAGAGAAGGACUACUACUCCAAGGUGGAUGUCCGGAGCAGCUCUCCCUUCCAGCCCCCUGUGGAGAAGCUUGCUCGGACGCUGAGCUCUAGCACCUGGGAGGAGAAAACCCAGGAGCCCCCCAGGAAGCCCCCCGCCCGCAGGGGCCGAAGGUCGCGCAAGAGGAGCCCUGAACUGGAGGAAUCCCAGUAUGAGACAGAUCCCACCACGGCCAUGGAGUCCAGCGACGAGCAGGACCCAGACGAGUGGGGCAGUCACUACCCACCGAUCACGUCCGACGAUGCCCGCCAGGAAUACAAGCAGGAUUUUGACAGUGACCUCAAGCGCUACAAGCAGCUCUGUGCCCACAUGGAUGGCAUCAACGACCAGAUCAACCAGCUCAGCAGGCAGCUGGAUCAGUUGCCGGAGGGCACCCUCCAGUACCAGGGCGUGGCAGAGGAGUACAACCGGCUGAAGGAGAUGAAGCAGACGCCGGAGUACCGGAGCCAGAAGAGGGAGACCAAGUCCCUGAGGAAGAAGCUGUUCCACAUCAAGCGGAUGGUCAGCGACUACGACCAGCACCGGGGGUGAGCCCGGAGUGGGGCCCCCGGGACCCCCGAAGGGGAGGGGCGCCCAGGCCCAGCUCCCUUCCUGGGCCCAGAAGGACAGACACUGACCAGCUGGGCAGCCCCUUCCCACCUUUCGUUUGGACCCGGGGACGCCUGGCCCAGCCCUGCCAAGACUCUGGGGGUGCCAGUGUGCUAGUGCCCCCUCCCUGCAAGAGACGAGGAUGCCAGUCUGUGUGUGUGUGUGUGUGUGUAUUGUGGAUUUUCUUAUUCUUGCAUUUUUCUCCCGCUUCGUGCCAAAAGGCUGGUUUCCGGGUCUUGUGCCAGCAGUGAGGAGGGUGGGCAUCGACCCAGAGCUCUUUUGAGGGGGGGGGCCUCCAGGGCCUGAUGGCUGUGGGGUUCCUCUUCGGGGCAAAUCACGUUGGGGAAACACCCCUCCACACACACACACACACACAGGGACACAAUAGUGUGCAGUGAGGAGGGGGAACAGACCAAUAAUGGGAAGGGUCCCUUGAGGCAGCUUAAAGAUGAGGCUGCCUUUGGCACCGAAGGUCUUGGGAUCAAAUCCUGAUUGUUGGAUGGGGGGGGAAUUGUACCCCUGGCUGCUCCCCCAAAGUGAAAAAGCAGGUGUUUUUCGGGGGGGGGAGACCAGCAGGAUUGGCAGUUACCUGCCCUUCCUCUCCUUCCUCUUCCUCCUCCCUCCCUCCCUGUCCUCCCCCUACUUUCUCUUCCUCCCCUCCAGUGCCAACUUGUGUUUGUGUGGCAAACUCUGCUCCCCCAAAGGGCCUUUUGCUGUUGGAGACUUGAUCCAGCUUGGCAGUGCCCCUCCGUUGGUGUUCCUGCCAGCAGCCAGCGGAUCCAGAGAGUUCUCCCGGGGAGGGAGAAAGGGGGGGGGGGAGGAAUCCCAAGCAUAAACAUCUGCAUUUCCCCCCCCCCCAGGAUUUCUGCUUUUGGAGCCAAGCGAGAGCCAAGACCGCCCCCCCCCCAGCCACAGCCCAGCGGGAUCUGUCAAUGGGGGGCGGGGGGAACUGUAUAUAUUGUGACAAUGGGGAGGGCAGGCCUAUUUUUUAAUAGUAAAACUAUUCCUUUAAUAAACGUGGGAAAACUU